AUGUGUCCCGGUGCCGACCCCGAGCUCAAUGGGCAAGCCAACGGUGCCAACGGUACCAAUGGUGACCACCCGGGCUUCACUGGCAUCGAAACCCGCCAGAACCCUCACCCCGCCCCCUCCCGCAAUCCUUAUGGCCACAACGUCGGUGUUACCGACUUCUUGAGCAAUGUCUCCCGCUUCCAGAUCAUCGAGAGCACUCUGCGUGAGGGUGAGCAAUUCGCCAACGCCUUCUUUGACACCGAGAAGAAGAUUGAGAUUGCCAGGGCUCUCGAUGAUUUCGGUGUUGACUACAUCGAGCUCACCAGCCCCUGCGCUUCCGAGCAGUCCCGUGCUGACUGCGAGGCUAUCUGCAAGCUUGGUCUGAAGGCCAAGAUUCUCACUCACAUUCGCUGUCACAUGGAUGAUGCCCGCGUGGCAGUCGAGACUGGUGUUGACGGAGUCGAUGUCGUUAUUGGCACUUCCUCCUACCUCCGUGAGCACUCUCACGGCAAGGACAUGACCUACAUCAAGAACGCCGCCAUUGAAGUUAUCCAGUUCGUCAAGUCCAAGGGUAUUGAGAUCCGUUUCUCCAGCGAGGACUCUUUCCGUUCCGACCUGGUAGACCUUCUGUCCAUCUACUCCGCCGUCGAUAAGGUCGGUGUUCAGCGUGUCGGUAUUGCGGACACUGUCGGCUGUGCCUCCCCCCGCCAGGUCUACGAACUCGUCCGUGUGCUCCGUGGUGUUGUUGGCUGUGAUAUUGAGACUCACUUCCAUAACGACACUGGCUGCGCCAUCGCCAACGCUUACUGUGCCCUCGAGGCUGGUGCCACCCACAUUGAUACAUCCGUCCUCGGUAUCGGUGAGCGCAACGGUAUCACUCCUCUCGGUGGUCUGAUGGCCCGCAUGAUGGUCGCCGACCCCGAGUACGUUAAGAGCAAGUAUAAGCUGGAGAAGAUCAAGGACAUCGAGGACCUCGUCGCCGAGGCCGUCCAGGUCAACAUUCCCUUCAACAACUACAUCACCGGUUUCUGUGCCUUUACCCACAAGGCCGGUAUCCACGCCAAGGCUAUCCUUAACAACCCCAGCACCUAUGAGAUCAUCAAUCCUGCCGACUUCGGCAUGACCCGCUACGUCCAUUUCGCCUCUCGUCUGACCGGCUGGAACGCCAUUAAGUCGCGUGCUCAGCAGCUCAAGAUCGAUCUUACUGACACUCAGUGCAAGGAGUGCACCGCCAAGAUCAAGGCUCUUGCUGACAUUCGUCCCAUCGCCGUCGAUGACGCCGACUCCGUCAUCCGCGCCUAUCACCGCAACCUGAAGUCCGGUGAGAACAAGCCUCUAAUGGACCUGAACCCCGAGGAGCAGGCCCAGUUCGCCGCCAAGGAAAAGGAGCUUGCCGCUGAGGCUCAGGCCAACGGUGUUGCCCUUUAA